CCCUGAUUGGCUGAGCCCGGGCCACGCCCCUACCCCUUCCCCUUCUCCCCCCUUCGGAAGGGGGGCGUGGAGGCAACCGGGAUCAGCCAGGGGCCAGCAUGAGCCGGAGGGAGGGAAGUCUGGAAGACCCACAGGCUGACUCCACAAUCUCACUCCUUCCCCACUUGGAGGCCAAGAUCCGUCAGACACACAGCCUUGCCCGCCUCCUCACCAAAUAUGCUGAGCAGCUGUUCCAGGAAUAUGUGCAGCACCAGGGAGACCCCUUCGGGCUGCCCGGCUUCUCGCCUCCGCGGCUGCCAGUAGCCGGCCUGAGCGCCCCGGCACCGGGCCACGCGGGCCUGCCCGCGCCCGAGCGGCUGCGGCUGGACGCGGCGGCGCUGAUCGCGCUGCCACCGCUGCUCGAAGUGGUGCGGCGCCACCAGGCGGAGCUGAACCCGCGCGCGCCGCGCUUGCUGCGGCGCCUGGAGGACGCGGCGCGCCAGGCCCGGGCCCUGGGCGCCGCGGUGGAGGCCGUGCUGGCCGCGCUGGGCACCGAGACUCGCGGGCCCCGGCCCGAGCCCGCCGCCGCCGCCGCCGCCGCCGCCGCCGCCGCCGCCACCGGCGCAGGCGUCUUCCCUGCCAAGGUUCUGGGGCUCCGCGUAUGUGGCCUCUACCGCGAGUGGGUGAGCCGAACCGAGGGCGACCUGGGCCAGCUGGUGCCCAGUGGCCCGGCCUGAGCGCGGGGCUGCAGCUUGCUGUCACCCCCUCCUAGUCCGUCUCUGUCGGUGCCUAAUGAGGGCGGACUGUCUGCGUCUCUCUUGUCUCUGCCAUCUCUCUGUGCUUUGUAAGCGCUCCGUGUCUCUUUCUCUAUCGGACCUCCUUGUGUCUGUGACGUCCCAUGUCCAUCAUUUUCUUGCUUUCCCCCCUCUUUUCCAUUUUUUGGGCCUGCCUCCGUCUCUCUUGGUCUCCCCCUUCACCUGUCUCUGGGGGGGGUCUCUUUGUUUUCCCUUUUCUCCAUCUCUUGUCUCCCUUUGGCCCCAUGUGAGCAGGUGUACCUCUCCACCUCAUCUCAAGGAGGGGACACCUCAUCAACUCUGUUUCUUUCACUGCCUGUCUCUGUCCUUUCCUGGCCAGGGACCUGGCUGCCAGCCCUGGUGGGAGGGCUACUCCAGACAAAUUUCAGCCACCUUCCCACAGUGCAUCACUCCCCCUGCUUGCUUCUCUGUUUGAUGUCCUUUCCCUCCUUCACCUCCUCUGCCCUAUCCCCAUACAUCCCCCCACCAAGCCAAAUCUAUGGAGAGAAAAAAAAUCAACACCUUAAAACAGUUUUAUUCCUGAGAAUAAAUUAAUUUUUUGUAAAUAAAAUGUUUAAAAAUAAAAAAGAACACUAAAGUUACCAGUA